CUUUGUUUGAGGGGCUAGGGUUUUUCCCUCAUCCUUUCGACCGUCUCUCUCACUUGGUUCUCGGCUUGGCAGGAACCCCAGAAAUUCUCUGCGCACCUAGAGCUCUCGUCUUGCCAAGAUGGGUAUCUCUCGUGAUUCUAUGCACAAGAGGCGUGCCACUGGAGGCAAGAAGAAGGCUUGGAGGAAGAAGAGAAAGUAUGAGCUCGGAAGGCAACCAGCCAAUACUAAGUUAUCCAGCGACAAGUCAAUCAGGAGGAUCAGAGUUCGUGGGGGUAAUGUGAAGUGGCGUGCUUUUAGGCUUGAUACUGGAAACUACUCUUGGGGUAGUGAGGCUGUGACGAGAAAGACCCGUAUUCUUGAUGUGGUGUACAAUGCAUCUAACAAUGAGCUUGUUCGUACUCAAACUUUGGUGAAGAGUGCCAUUGUUCAGGUUGAUGCAGCUCCAUUCAAACAGUGGUAUCUUCAGCAUUAUGGAGUGGAUAUUGGACGGAAGAAGAAGACCUCAGCAUCUGCUAAGAAGGAAGAGGAAGGUGAUGCUCCCUCUGAGGAGGCAAAGAAGAGCAACCAUGUCCAGCGCAAGCUGGAGAAACGUCAGCAGGAACGUAAACUUGAUGCACAUAUUGAAGAACAAUUCAGCAGUGGUCGUUUGAUGGCUUGCAUCUCAUCAAGACCUGGUCAAUGUGGCAGAGCAGAUGGAUAUAUCUUGGAGGGCAAAGAGCUUGAAUUCUAUAUGAAGAAACUCCAAAGGAAGAAGGGAAAGGGAGCUGGUGCUGCAUAAACUUUGUCGUUAAGAUGUUUUCUGCCCGUGUUUCUAGUUCCAUCUGCCUUUUCUUCUUAUGAAGACGAUAAGCUAUUGCAACUAAGAUGAAAAAGUUAUUUAGGAACUUCAAUUUUGCUGGUAUUAGUUGUUGAAUUACAAUACUGUAGUCUUUUUCAACAUUACCAUGAAUUUCUGAACUUGCCAGUUAUUUAGCAAUUACUUGAUUCAUAAUACGAUCCACUCCAGGGUAAAUUCUCCACCA